AUGAAUAUUAUGAACUCACUUGAACCGCUGUGGUUUCUGUUGAUCGUCGCGACGUUGGCUUGCACUUGUUGGCGUCCGGCCCGGUGCAGUUCCGCGGGGAUGUCGCCGGAAGAACUGGAAGAGAUCGAAGUGUUCGUGCGGUCCGUGUUGGCCGUCGCCCAACCGUACUGUCUGGGAAUCCCGGACCGUCUGCCGGCGCACAAGGACGCGCCCAUGGCGGCGAUAAACGGACGGCUGCCCGAAGACUUGCAACGGUACCUGGAGGGCCUGCUGGCCGUCUCAUCGGCGGUCGACCGUGGGACAUUGGUCGCGAUGCUGCUGGACGACACGUUCGUCAUCGACGAGGACAUGGGCCCGCACCGCGUGUUUGACCGGUUGCACGACGGCCGAUAA